GUUUGCAAAGUGGAUCAUGCUGCAGAGACUUGCUACGACAACCCCCUCCAGAACGUCGAGUUCAUGUCGGACAGCGACAUCAUCCUCGAGAAGGUUGUCUUGAAGCCGGACCAGGAGGGAGGAGAUUGCUUCGCCUUUGUGCGAGCAGGGCCGCGAGCUAAGAUCGCCUUCUUGGGUUCCGAGACGAGGAUCGGCAUAGUGACCUGCGGUGGACUUUGUCCUGGUCUUAACACCGUCAUCCAAGAGAUCGUCAUGACGGCUAGCAGGCAGUACGGGGUGAAGGAGGGGAACGUGCUGGGGAUACGAGGAGGGUUCAAAGGGUUUCUCGAUCCCUCGUUGCAGCCUCCUGUGGUCUUGACGCCCUCCUCCGUACGAGAUAUUCACAACCUGGGAGGGACCAUCCUUGGAUCGAACAGGGGAGGAUUCGAUUGCGAAAAGAUCGUGGAUGCGAUAGAAAGGAUCAAGUUGGACCAGCUGUAUGUGAUCGGGGGGGACGGGACUCACGCGGCCGCGUUGAAGCUCUUGGAGGAGGCGAGAGAGAGGAAACUCAAGGUUUCCAUCAUUGGCAUCCCCAAGACUAUCGACAACGACAUCUGCGUCAUCGAUCGCUCCUUCGGCUUUGACACUGCGGUCCAGGAGGCCAUCAAUGCCAUCAAAAGCGCAAAGACAGAAGCGCUCUCGACAUCCAACGGUGUUGGGAUCGUGAAGCUCAUGGGCAGGAGCUCCGGUUACCUCACGGCUCACGCCACGUUUGGCUCACGAGACGUCGACGUCUGUCUCAUCCCCGAGAUUGACUUCGACCUCGAGGGACCCCACGGCCUCUGGUCGCACAUCCGCAAGCUGUUGAAGGCUCAGGGCCAUGCAGUGAUUGCGAUUGCGGAAGGAACUCAAAUUCGAUCCUCCUCCUCCUCCAGCAAGGAAGUCAAAAGUCAGUCAGAUGAGUCGGUAGGGAUGCAAGGGACCAAGUCAAUCAGUGAAGAUGUCGGCAAGUGGUUCCGUGAAGCAGUGAAAGAAGCCAUGAAGCAUCCUGAUCGUGAGAGUGGAGGAGACAACGAGAGCAUCGAGAUCUCCGUCAAGUACAUCGACCCUUCCUACAUGGUUCGAAGUGUCCCUGCUAACGUCAGCGACUCCAUCUACUGCUCUCUGCUCGGCUCUCAAGGUGUUCACGGAGCCUUCGCGGGUUUCACCGGCUUCACCGUAGGGCUCGUCAACAGCAGGACUGUCUACAUCCCCAUGCGGUUGAUCAGCUCUGGCACGAGGCGCCUGAACCCCAAGGGAAGGACUUGGCAGCGAGUCUGCGCUAUCACCCAGCAACCGACUUUCCUUGCCCAGGGCCUCUAA